AUGGAAGCUACACGAAGUGAAAACGAAGUAGUAAACGAUAAAAAUGAUCAAAUAGAGGAUUCAGAUUCACAUUCAGAUCAAGAUCCUACAGUGAUUACACUUACACCCUACCCUUCAAUUUGGUCAGCAGAUCAGUACAAGAAUUUCAGCGAUAAAAAUCCAUGGCUCGAAGUUGGAGAAGGAAAACUAGGUUGCAAGUUAUGCAGAGAAGUAAAUGUAAAGGGCUUAGGUGUACUCAAAGAGCAAGGAGUAUAUCUCUCUGCAGAAUGGUGCGAGUGUAGAGUUGGGCCAUCAUUAAACGAAAAGCGGUCUACACAACUAAGUAAUUUACGUGUAAAACUAAAAAAGCAUGGUGAAUCCAAAGCCCAUCAAAUGGCACAAGAGAUUAAAAAACAGUCCGAAAAACAUGUGGUCGAAGAACUUCUACGGAAGGAAAGUGAAGAAGCAAACGAUGCUACUGCAAAGAUUUUUCGGACAGUCUACUAUCUGGCUAAAUCCGACCGCCCAUUUAGCGAUCACGAAGGAUUAGUUGAACUUCAGCAGCUGAACGGAAUAAAUUUAGGGCUAAUUCUGCAUUCAUGCUACAGUGCUGUACAGAUUGUAGACCAUAUAGCAAGCGAAAUGAUAAACAAAAUGAUUUCACAUGUAAUCGCCAGUAACGCCAAAUUAUCAGUACUUGUAGACGAAUCGUCUACCCUCGGACUGCACUUGCACGAGACAAGCUUCAAUAAAUCUUGGGGAGCAGAUCAGAGUAGUAUCAAGACUGAGAGCGCUGACGAUUCGCCCACGCAGAAUCAGCGAUUGAGAAUCAAUCUGACAGCUAAACCUUAA